CACAGAAUCAGCGUGCGCAUAACGGCACACUGAGCAGAGAAGACCCACACAAGCAAAUCUGUUGUGGUGGUUGACCAAUUACGGUCCAGGGUCGCAUUUUCCUCGGUACGACUGACAUACCCUGCCCCUGUCUUUACCCAGAAAAACAAAAGGUUUCGUUGUUGUAUCGCAGUGACGCUGACAUCUUCGAGGUAUGGCUGAAGCGGAGUUACAAACCUUUACCUCUAUCAUGGACGCUUUGGUUCGCAUUAGUUCCAACAUGAAGAGUAUGGAACAGGAGCUGCAUUGCCCGGUGUGUGACGAGAUGGUGAAGCAGCCCGUCCUUCUGCCGUGUCAGCACAGUGUUUGUCUGCUGUGUGCGGCUGAGGUGUUGGUACAGAGAGGUUAUCCUCCUCCAGACCUCCCUCCAGAGCCCAACUCGCCGGCCUCCACACCCAACACUCGCUCCCCACGACAGGCUCGAAGACCCACACCCAGGACGCCUGACCGCUUGGAACGGGUCCUCAGAACAGUGUGCGGGACAUAUCCAGGUUGGAGACGGAAGGACGCGGCCCCUCCCCCCAUGCUGUUCCCGUGUCCUUCCUGUCAGCAGGACGUGGAGCUCGGAGAGAAAGGCCUGACAGACUGCCUCCGCAACCUCACACUGGAGCGGAUUGUGGAGAGGUACAGGCACACAGUAAGUCUGGGCAGUGUAGCCAUCAUGUGUGGUUUCUGUAAGCCUCCCCAGUCUCUGGAGGCCUCUAAGGGCUGCGCUGAUUGCAAGUCCAACUUCUGUAACGAGUGUUUCAAACUCUACCACCCCUGGGGAACCCCUCGAGCUCAGCACGAACACAUUCUACCCACCAACAACUUCCGGCCCAAGGUCCUAACAUGCACCGAGCAUGAGCAGGAGAGACUGCAGUGGUACUGCCGUAACUGCCAGAGGUUACUGUGCCCACUUUGUAAGCUCCGCCGUGUCCACCACGGACACAAAGUGUUGCCUAUAGCACAGGCCUACCAGGCCCUCAAGGACAAGGUUACCAAGGAAGUCAACUUUGUCCUGGCCAACCAGGAGACAAUACAGAGUCAGAUCACUCAACUGGAAGCUGCCAUCAAACAGAUGGAGGCAAACAGCGCAGUGGCUCUGCAUCAGCUGACCCACUGUAUCCGAGAGCUGGGAGCGGCGGUAGUGGAGCGUCAGGGGGCUUUGGCUCUGGCCCUGGAGGGAUCCCGCAGCAGGAGGGAGGAUGCCCUGUCGGUCCAGGUCUCGGUGAGGCAAGGCCUGCUGGAGCACGCUGGCCUGAUGGCCUACACCCAGGAGCUGCUCAAGGAGACCGAUCCACCCUGCUUCGUACAGGCUGCCAGAGUCACCCACAGCAGGCUUGUGAAGGCCAUAGAAAACCUCCAGGGUUUCUCUCUCUCAGCUGAUCUCUCCUUCAGGAACUUUCACCUCGACGCAUCCAAAGAAGUCAAGCUCAUCCACAGCUUGGAGUUCAUACAUGCCCCACUGGCUCCAGUCAUUGACACCCAGAAGACACUUGCGUAUGACCAUCUGUUUCUGUGCUGGCGCCUCCCUCAGGACUCGGCCCCAGCUUGGCACUUCUCUGUCGAAUACCAACGACGAGCAGGAGGGGCCGCAGCCACUUGGGGCGGCACCAGAUCUCCUAAUUCUGCAACUGCAUGGCUGCGGCUGGAUGAAGUGAGAGGAACCAACGCUGUGAUCAAUCGGCUGCAGAUGGACAGCGUGUAUGUGCUCAGGGUGAGAGGCUGCAACAAGGCCGGGUUUGGAGAGUACAGUGAAGACGUUUACCUCCACACUCCACCAGCACCUGUGUUGAGUUUCUCUUUGGACUCACGCUGGGGGUUGCAUGCUGACAGGCUGGCAUUGGGCAGAGGACAAACUUACGCUCGCAGUGUGCCAGGCCUCUCCCUCCUGCAGACUGCCAACCGCACACUCACUUCUUGCAACUUGACUUCUGACCUGCUGGUGGCCGACUUGGCCGUCACUGAAGGCAGACACUACUGGGCAUGCUCCGUGGAGCCUGGUUCCUACCUGGUAAAGGUGGGAGUAGGACAGGAGCAGAAGCUACAAGAGUGGUUUCAUCUCCCCCAGGACAUGGCCAGCCCUCGCUGCGACCCAGACAGUGGCCAUGACAGUGGGGCAGAGGACGGCCAGGACUCUCCUCCCUUCUGCUUCCUCACAAUAGGCAUGGGCAAGAUCCUGCUUCCUCAGGGACAUGGUCACACUCAGACCCACGGGGACAGCCAGAGCCAGGGGGGAGUGCACUCCCACAGUACCAGCCAUAGUAACCUGCCUCACUCUCAUACCACUCCUCUGCCACCACGACUGGGAGUGUGUCUGGACUGUGACAAAGGACUUGUCACCUUCUAUGAUGCCCACUCGUUGCGGAUCCUUUGGGAGGGACACAUGGACUGUUCAACUCCAGUGUGUCCGGCCUUCUGCUUCAUUGGCGGAGGGGCCCUGCAGCUGCAGGACCUCGUGGCCAAUCGGAGCAUCGAGGAGCCGUCACCACGUAGGGUAACUAUCCAAACGCGUGCAACAAAUCUCAGCAAAUAAAUUGUGGUGGGACAGUUUAUGGGGCACAUCAAAGCAAUCAAACUUUAUGUCAAUAGAGAUACAUGUGGUUUGUAUUCAUAAUAAUUGUAUUAUUGUAAGUCAAUAAUGAAUUGCCUUGAUCCUGUAUUGAUGCUUGAUGAAACUGUCACUGCUGAAUAUGGUUAAGGUUUUCCUCUCAAUGUGAUUGUUGAGAUCGUAAUAUAAAUAUAUCAUGUUCUUUUGCAUUGGCACUUGGCCUGACAUGACAUAUUGUAUUUGGCUAUUUAUUUCCUGCUUUCUUUCUCUUCAAUUGCUUAAUGCUCCUAUGGACAUUGUGGCUGAAGUGAUUUUAGACUAUGCAGAAUUGUGUUGACAGGGUGAGUAAAUCCCCUUUAGAACAGGUUAAAUCUGUUUGCAAUGUAAAAAAAAAAAGUCUGCCCUUCUUAUACACUUGUCUUAAUUUGUCCCAGAAUGACUGGACAACAAAAGUUGCAUGCAAGUGUAACUAGGAUUUAAAACGUACAUAUAUGCAGAUAACUGACUGUUAUCUGCAUAAACAUGCACAUUGUGUACACCUCAGAUGUACUGUAUGUCUAAUUUUAUAUCUUUAUUUUUAAUGUUGCCUCAACAAGUGUUAACGAUGUGCAUAUAAGUCAGAAUUAGAGAAUGUGAAUAUUCUUCGGUUGUUGAAUUGUCAAGUUCUGUUGGCUCACGUCAGGAUCACGCUUCUCUGUGUCUAAACAGGCCCACGUGGUAUUUUAUAUAGUUGCUGUUUUGCAUUUCAAAAAGGACUUUUGAGGCAUUUUCGGCUGGGUGAACACGCUAACAGUUUGACUCAAUCACAUGUGAAUACAUUUCAGUGUUUUACAUUUUGACAAAAGUUAAAAAUGCAGAUGGCCUACUUGGCCAGUUUAAAACUGUGGCGUUUGAGGGGUUUGCACAUACAUAUUAAUGAUUAGAUGUGGAUGGAUGAAGUAGGCUAAUGAGAAGAGGUCUAUCUUAUGAGCUCUGGUUGAGCCAUACUACAGCUGACAGUAGCUCAUUUACUUGACUAAGCUGAUAAAGUAAUGUCUGGGGAAUGUAAGAGCCCAGUUAUGUAUCAUUUCAGUGCAAGAGAUUGUCUAUAUUGUAAUAUUUUCAAAUCGACUGGCUCCGUCUGUAUUUUGAUAUAAAAUGUGAUUUUCUGAUUAGUAUGUGUGUGUGUAUGUGAACUCUGGCUGUGACUGUCUCGAAUGACAUGUCUAGACUCCUCUACCUGUGUUACAACACAGCACUUGAAUGACUUUAGACUGUAGCAUCGCAAACAUCCGAAUCUCUUCAUUUAGAUUUAGCCUCGGCUGGUAGAAUGUUUAAAACAAUAAAUGACUGAUAACUGUAACAUGGAGUCCCUUUCCUUCAAAUAAUGACCAGUAAUUACUAUGAUGUCUUCUAAAGUUACAUAGAGGUAACUGUACAAGAGCAAUGCCCCUCUUUUCUGAAUAAUAUAACUUGCUUUUCCUCGAUAACCCAAGAAACCUUUUCUUUAGUGUAUGUCCUCUUGUUUUGUAUUUCUGAUAGGCUUUCAAUCUGAAUCACAGAGGACUCUCUUGGUUAUAAACCUAUUUUAUUUCCAUCAUCGCAAACAGUGUGUUUAAUUGUAGCGUGCUAUGAAGUUGUCACAUUUUGAUUGACAGUAAACAGCACUGCUCGGAGUGCAUGGGGCAUGCCUGCAUGUAAGGGCAAGCGUGCCCUUAAUCACCCGAGUGUGCCAGAUCUAACAGGUAAAGUGAAUCUUUUGUGCCACAGGGUUUAAAUAUAACCAGCCUAUUUUGUACAGACUCAAGACACACCUUAAGGACACGAGGCGGUAUUAUAUGUGAGCUCAAGACAAGGGCGAGAGAGGUGACGGUUCAGUAGGUGAGCCAGUUGGACUGGUCGUAGAACACACUGUCCUUUCCCAGACAGAGAGACAAAGGUGACAAGUUCAGUAUAGCUAUUGCGUAACAUCAGAGUAAUUGAGCAUUUGUUAUGGUCGUCAACAAAGAGAUGUUGCAAUCAAACCAGUGUUUAUGCUCUGUAAGUAUGACUUGUCUGCUGCAGGAGCAUGUAAUACAAAUAAUGAACCAUUAGGGGGCGACAUUGUUUGAGCUUUGUCUAUUUCCUCUGUCUCAAACGUCAGUCAGCAACAGGUGCAUGAUGUGUCAACACUGACUUGACUGGUCACACAUCUGUGAUGACAGGUCAGAUAUAAGUUACGAGUGCUAUUAUUUGAGCUAUUUAUUGUGUCACACCUGGAUGAAUAUUUAUCUCUCUCUCCUUGUGCCACUUUCCCAUUCCCAUUUGUUCAACCAAUGUAUUUGUUACUGACAAUAAACAGGUGGUGAAUAGCCCAAGGCUGACUCAUUUUCAUCUGCAGUCCCUUGACAAAAUGCACCUGCAAAGUUCUGCAGAGUGUCACAUAUUAAUUACACUUAUCUACAUUGCAUUUACACUACAUAAACUAAAAGGGACGUAAUAGAAAGAGAAAGAAAACCUCCCAUAGAACAAAACUACGUUAACACCACAUUGGUCCCAGUAUUAUUGUAAAAACAGUCAAACUUGCAAAAUGUGCCAUUGAAACAGCGUUUCCCUUAAGUGUUUUCUCUCUCACUCCGCCUCCUCAGGCUCUGGUGGUUGCAUCAUGUCUUGGCUACAGCUCAGUCUAGUGUUCACUUGUUUACCCAACAGAACUCCUCCCCACAUGAGUUAAGCCAGUGUUUGCACGCAGGUGUGUUGUGAAAUGCUAUUGUUCUUGUAAUUUGAUUUAAUGGAGGAGUUUAUCGCAUGUCCGAUAAGAUGAAUAAGCAACUAAACUACACCAAUAACAGGGAAAACCUGGGAGUUUAGAAUUCACAUGAAUACAGAUAAUUACCUAUGCUGUCGCUCAAAUAUUUCAUAUAUCUCAACACAAACAUAGAUGUAAUAUUUCAUGGAUAUUUCACUAUCUCAGAUGACCUGUUCUGAGUCAUUACCUUGGAUGAAACUACAGUACUUGAAUAGCCAAUAAAGCUUUGUUUCAUGUGUUGGAGUUGACUGAGGCAAAAAUGCUGAGCGCCAUGCAGAAUAAGUUCCACAGGCAUUGAUAUGUAGCACACUUUCAAAUGUGCAAACAGUGCAGGAAGCUGCAGAAAUGUUUGCCAAUGCAAGCACAGGCUCCAAGUCCCCAGAACAGCUGUGUCUCCUGUCUUUCCUCAGCACCUCUGCACAUCACAGCGGACAUGUACGUCCUGCACACACACUUCUCCACCAACAUUUAGGCCCCCCGAGUAACUUUACAAGUCCCAACUAUGGUCUGCACGUUUUCUGUCUGUAAACUGUCAAACUAAAUGGUUUUCCACCGCUCGAAGAGGUUCCCGUACAUCACAAAAAACAUUUUUGUUUGACACUGCAAUGAAAGACACACACACACACACACACACACACACACACACACAAACAAACACAUGGAAUUGAAUCCAAAUCCACUUCACAUGGUUGCCACUCAAAAACACGUACAAUCCACAUUUACACAUGUACACACACACACACACACACCAAUCUGCUGCAUGUGUGUGUGUGUGUGUGUGUGUGUGUUCUAAAUGGAUGCCAAAGUGAAAAAGCAUGCUCAGACAGGACCAAAGCCCCUGAAGCUCUGUGAGUAUUUAUAUGUGAUUGUGUGUCAUUUUUAGACUGGAAAGACAUUAACUCUCCUGAACCACCUGUUUGGCUUGAUUUAAAACUUUAACCUGGUUUGUGGCUGCACAUGCUAUGUGAGUAUUAGAAAGGAUUUAUAGAACAUAACCAAAAAGAAUAAGAAGUUUGUUUAAUUCAAAUGUAUUUAUUUAACUUUUAAAGCCAGCUAAAUUAAACGUUGAGCUUGACACACGCAAUUCUGCCAUUGGGUCCAGUGGUGUCAAGCUCAGUUAUUGAGUCUCUGAUCGGAGGAUACCUGACAUAUGAUUUAUAUAGAAGGUGAAAUGUGUAUGUUGAU